UCUUCAUGCGCAUAAGAUCUGCGCAGUCAACAUUGAUUUUAGACCACGUUGAGGGAGGAUAGUGUAAACAUACGUUACAGUCGUCAAAGAUGACGAUGUAUUUGAAUUCAGACGUAACUUAGUUGUUGUAGUUGAAAUGAGGAAGCAAGGCCAAGUUAAAGAAGCUAACGUAGUCAAGACACAUACACCGGCCAUCGACUCUCAAAGACAACAGGAAGUGAACGAUCAGAUUUUUCGUCAUGUUCAAGAGAUGUUCGAUGGAAAAGUUGAUGGAGAUGUCGUGUUUAUCAUUCUCCAGGAAUUGGAAUGGAAUGUUGAAAAGGCAAUUGAUUCACUGUGCACAAUGUGCGGAAGCAAAAUUGAUGCAUCCAAGAAAAGUAGCAAGUUGGCCGAGAUAGCAAAGGAUGUUUUGUGUCUUGACAAGAAAACUAGGUCAUCUCAGCAACAGUCAACUCAAAAUCUUAUGCCUUCAGAGUUCCCUGCCCUUGGUUCACAGCAAAGUAAUGCAAGACAGAUAUCAAGGGAGCCUACUCCAACAACUUUAGACGUAAAUAGAAUAGAUAAUAAACCAUCGACACAUACAAGUCCAAAGAAGGCAAAUUUUAUUAAUACUUCAGCAGACACUUUAAGAUUAAAUGCUAACUACAGUCAGUUGUCAAGCACCCCUAUGUACAACACUGGAAAUCUAUCAUCUGAAAAGGUAUCAAAUAUUGAAACAAGCCCUAGACAUAUUGGUGUGAUUGGAGAAAAACUGAAUAGAAAAUCAGGGAACAUUUCAAAAUCGACUGGAAACUUUUCCAAUGCUUCUACAGAGUUUACAGGUGACAAAAAUACCCCAGAUUCUAUCAGGUCAAGGAAUAUGAAAUUUACAGACUAUCCUGAUGAAUUAGAGAAGCAAAGAAACAAAAACUCUCAGGAGGUGCAAAGAGAUGUGUUCCCAUCGUUUCAUGAUAAAAAUAGCAGCAAUGACAUAGAAAUGGAUUUUUCUCGACUUGUUCCUAAUAAAUUAGAUAAUCUAAGAUCAUCAUCUUCUCAUAACUCUUUAGAUGACAUUGAUGACAAUUUUGAAGAAGAAUUGGACUUUACUUUGAAAAAAGAACCAAUUCCUCCAGUUAUACCCCAUAUUUCACAAGGAAUUGGACAUUCAAUUCUUGCUGGUGCCCUUAAUUUAACUACAUCUAUUAAGAGUGAGUUACCAACCCCUACAGAGGAAAAAUUUCCAUUGCUACCGUCAAGUCAUUCAGGAUCCUUACUAAGUGAAAACAAAACAACUAUGUCAUCUUUCUGGCAACAAGCAGGGAAUGAAAGAAAACAUUCAAAUGAAAGUAAAUAUAUGAUGUCUGGUUUUUCUUCACCUAAGGAGACAUCAAGAUAUUCCUUUGCAAAUAAAAGUGCCUCUAGUUCUAGACAUGACUCUGGAGACUUCGAUAUUGACAGUUUGUUAAAAGAAGGGACCUCUGUCAGUGUAAAGGAAGGAACUGUUGAAAACCAAAAGCCAGAUCCUCCUAACUUUUCAGUGGAACUGGAAACUUCUUAUUCUUCUCAAGAUUCCUCUGAUCUGCUAGAUGUAGAGAAUAGAGACACUAUAGAAAGGCCUAAGUCAGCAGAAAUGCAGCUACCAAUAGUUUCAUUUGAAUUAUCUGCCUCAGCAAAAGAAUUUGUACCACGGAUACAGAAAGGAGAUGAGGUCAAACAAGGCGAUGAACAGGUUGAGGACUUACAGCCUCAUUUUGUGAUGCCGAAAAUGGGGAAACCCUCUAUGGAUGGUCCCAUGCCUAUUCCACACUCACGAAUGCCUAAUCAAUAUGGUCCAGGUUUCCGACAACCCCGUGGUCCAUUUCCUAUCUCGGCACGCCCACCUUGGCCACCUAGGGGUGGGAGGGGUCCAAUGCCGAGAGGGAUGCCCCCAUGGAUGCAUUUUCACAAUUUUUCUGAGCCCCGUGUAGCUCCGCCUUUCUUACCACCAGGUGGAGUUCUACCUGUCCAAAGAAAUGGCAAAUUGUCAACAGAGUCAUCGGACAGAGAAAUAGAAAGAGUGAAGCAAAGGAUAAUAAGUGGAGCUAAAGUGCUGGUCAUAUUGAGGGGACUCCCUGGAAGUGGGAAGUCUACAUUAGCAAGAGAAAUGGUUGGUGAGGGACAAAUCUUAAGCACUGAUGAUUAUUUUUAUGAGAAUGGAAUAUACAGCCAUGAUGUCACUAAACUAACAGAUGCACAUGAAUGGAAUCGUAAAAGAGCUGCAGCAGCCAUGGAGGAGAAAAUAACUCCAGUAAUAAUUGACAACACAAAUACUCAAGCAUGGGAAAUGAAACCCUAUUUAAAAUUGGGUAAGGCUUUUUCAUAUGAAAUGGAAAUAUUGGAGCCCAAUACACCAUGGAAAUAUUCUGCGAAAGAAUUGGCGAGGAGAAAUGACCAUGGAGUGCCAAAAGAACAUAUUCAGAGAAUGAAAGAGAGAUACCAAAGGGAUUUAACCGUAGAGAUGAUCUUAGGUGUACCACUGAAAAAAAGUAAAAUUGAUAAUGAAGACAAAGCAAAGGAUGUCGAAUUCUCUCAAGCGGACUUUCCAGAGCUUAGGAAUUCCUACAAUGAACAGAGCAGUCCUCACAAUCCACCCAAGAAGGAUUCCAUAGAGCCACCCAGAAAAGAUUCCAUAGACCAGGAGGUGUUUUUAUCAAGGUUGGGGGAUCCGAAGGAGGAUGAACAACAGAGAAAUCUUAGAAUUAACAUUGGGGAUUCUUAUCUGGACUGCUCUACCCCAGGAAGUGAUACCGACUCAGAGAAGAGAUUAGAAAAGGAGUUUGAUCAGUUAAGUGAUAGCAGAUGCAGUCCCAUUCCAGCUAAUGUAGGUUAUGUGGCCAGAUCUCAUGUGGGUAUGUCUACCAUGAACUUGCAUAAACAGCUAGAAAUGAUCUCUAAGAGAAAGACACUCAUGUCUCCACCUGUCUCUCAUGGGUCUCAAGGAAGAAAAGAGGGCAAUACACAAUUAACAGCAGACAAUUCUACUCUGUCUCAGAGGUCUCCAGUAACAGAAGACUUGAAACCAGGUGAUGGAGAUGAGGUCGAGAAAAUGGUAGAUAGUCUUAUCUUAGAGAAUGUAGGGAGUUCUUUAAUAAGUGACUGUGAUCCAGAUAAGAUUAUUGAGGAACUUAAGUCACUCAUUGUCUUUAUGCCUAUUGACCCAACCCAGCAGCCUCAAUACGAAAAAAUGAUCGAGGAAAAAGUUAAAGGUCUGAUUGAGAAAAGCCUGAAUGAUUCAAAAGACCCUCAAACUGAAGAAUUUGUUAAAGACAACAAUGUUGGAGAAGUUUCAAAUGACAGUGAGAACAAAGAUAUGUGGGAUAUUCCAAAAAAUCAAAGAAGCAAGAAAAAGGAAAAGCAGAAAAAAGUUCAUUUGAGUAAGGAUGUAAAAAAUGGUAUUUGUAAAUCAGGUAUUUCAGAAGGCAACAGUGAAAUCCUACUAAAUACAGAAUCAAGUGGUGAAAAUGAUGCUCCUUUAAGUGACUGUGUUGGUGUAGAUGAAAGUUCAAACACAGAAGAAAGUGAUGUCACUUCAGAUCUCAGCAGUAUUAAAGCAUCUGAACAGUUGUAUUGGAAAAAAUUUGAAUCGAAAGAAGAAUAUUCAGUGGACAAAGAAACAUCUCCAGAAGCAUGGAACACUGAAGUCAGUGAUAGUCCUAAAUCACCUAGAAAGAAACGAGGAAAGCGUCAGACACAAAAAAAUCAAACAAGCACAGAGGGUAACAUAGACAAAGUUAAAGAUCUUCAAGAUGAGCUUGAGUCAGAGGCCAAUGGUGUUUACAUACCCAACACCAACACUGAUACGAGAGAGGAUGCAUGUAGUAUGAUGGAGUCUGAUUCUAUAAACGAUGAUGAAAUUAUUCAUUCGACUCCAAAUAAAUCAAUUUUACGUGUAAGUGAUACAAGUAAAGUAACAUUACAUGAGGAAAGUAGUAAGGAAAGAGACAAAAGCCUAAAGAAGAAUGGAAAACGAAAAAUGGUCGCUAGAUUUCCAUUAUUUAAUGAAGAUGACAGAGCAAAAUUUUCUGUAAGUGAUUGGAGUUCCAUAAAAGUUGACACCCUUGAUGACGAAAUAUAUAAAAUGGAAGAUAUGAAAGUUGAAUGUGAAACUGUAAUAAAGAUAGACUCUGAGACAGAAAUAACACCUAAGGAUUUAAAAAUUAUGUAUGAACUUGAUAAAGGAAUGGCAUGCAGUAAAGAGCAACUUGGUAAUAUGUUAAUCAUCGUAGGCAAGGAUUGGAAAGUAAAACCAUUAGACUCUAUGCCUACAGAGGAUUGUGGGAAGUCUUCUAGAGUACUGACAAUACAUCGUAGCACAAUGACGGAAGACUUGCUAGAUGCAGAUAUUGAAUUUUUGAAAAACAGUUUUCCCACAAUCCCAGAAGCUGAUUUAAAAGAUGUUUUACAGAACUGUGAUAAUAAUGUGGAAUGGGCAGCAGAUAUUAUUCUGGAGUGGACUUUCCAUGAUUUAUCUCUAAGUCAAGAGGACAAAAACAAGUAUCUAGACUCAAUAUUCAAACUGCAGCGCAUACCAAAGUCACCCACCAUACCUGCUAGGUCGAGAAGUUCCUCUAGUAUGUGUGUGGUGGAGGAAUUUAUACAGCCACCUCUACUGAUCGACAUCUGUAUGAAAUUUCUGGAAGACUCAAAUAUUGCAACCAAAGAAGAUGUAGAAACUCAAUUGAUUGCAAACUCAGAGAAAAGACUGCUCUCCUACGAAUCUAAUAUUCGACUCUGUAAUCAGUAUUCACAUGGACAUGAAGGUGAUGAGAUAUUCUUUGAAGAUGACGACUUCAACAAAAAGAUCUUACAAGAGCUGGUAGCCAUAACCGAAAAAGAAUCGGUUUCUGAUAGUGAUUCCAUGCUUCAAUUGUCAAGAACAGAUCCGAGUUUGAAUUCCUCCUACAUUGAUUCUCCACCGAGUGGCAUCAUUGAAGGGAUGGGAGACCAUAGGCUUGCAGAGGAUAGAGUUGUCUCCCCACCCAGUGCUGAUUCCCCAUCUAGCUUAACACUUCCCUUGGACCUGCCAGCUGAAUUUAUCAAGGCUUUACUUAUCCUGUUUGGUUCUGUGGGGAAAUUAACUCCAGACUCUGCGGAGGAUUUAAAGAUUCCUGUGGAUUACAUAACAGCACAACGCUUGCAUCAGUGUCUGAGGACAGACUAUGUAGAACAUCACGUCCAAAAAAAGCAGCAAAUUUCACAAGAUGAGGCUUUAGCGCAACAACUUCAGUCUGAGAUGAAUGAAUCAAUAGAACAGAGCAAUAAAUCCGUCUUCAACAGAAACUCGCCUGCUCGUGAGUCUCUUCAUGCAAUAAUGGAGGAACAAUUACAAGAGGAAAGAAAGAAAAAGGAGUUCAGGGAAGUCUUGAAAGCCUCUGGAUAUCACAACACAAUUGGGUACAGAAUGAAACAGAAAAAGCUCUAUGAAGAAUUUCCAGCAAUAGACUCAUCUGUAUUAGAUGAAAUCUUUCAAGCAAACUGCUUCAACUAUGAAGACACAGUGAAAGCAGUUGAAGGAUCUUUAGGAUGUAAUGAGCCACCAAAGACUGUAAUGACUGCAGAGGCAGCAGAUGAGUACGAGAAGAAAUUGAUUGAGGCAGCAAAACAGCAAAGUCUGCAAGAAAUGAUUGAUUCAUACUCUUAUCGCCCCAAAGUGAAGAAGGAGUUUCAAAGUUCAGAAAAUCCAGAGUAUGAGGACAUCAGAGGAGAAGCCAAUCUACAUUAUAGACUUCGACAUGAAUGCUUUCAGAAAGCGCAAGAGGCAUACAGGAGAGGCAUGAAACAAGUGGCGAACUUUUACUCCAAUCAGGGCCAUUUGCAUACAAGGAAGAUCAAAGAGGCAAAUGAAAAUGCAGCUCAGAUGAUUUUAUCGCAGAGAGACCAGUAUCUUGAGACCAAGUCUACACUGGAUCUACAUGGUUUACAUGUGGACGAGGCAGUUACUGUUUUGACUAAAGUCAUAGAAGAUCAACUCAAUAAGCUGUCUGCUAGAGGGGACAAAAGGAAGGAUUUGUUCAUCAUAACAGGAAGAGGAAGUCAUAGUCGGGGAGGGGUGGCAAGGAUCCGACCCGCAGUUAUCCGAUGGCUCAAACAGAAAGGACACAACUUUACAGAGGUUCAUGAGGGUCUAUUGAAGCUCCGCCUGCCUCGGUAAUAUCCAACAAUAAAGACAAUGAAAAGAGAGGCCAUUGCUGCUGAUUGCCAUUUGCUCUGUGAAUGUUCAAGGAACUUUAGAUUUAUUUACAUUUUUGCACUUAAAGCAAGCAUGAAAUGCCUGCUUUAUGAUAAUUUUUUACCCAAAUUAUAGAUUGUGUACAUAGGAUAUUCCAAGAGUAUACCACCUUUCUUUUUAAACAUUUUUAUAUUGCAUUUGUUGAUAUUAUUUUAAAUUUUCAUGGAUCUAGGACUUGUAUAUUAGUUAAGAGACUUAUAUUGACAUUAACUAUUGCCAAGAGAUGAUGGUCAAUGUUGAUGUUUUUCUAUAAAGGAAACAUUUAUUGUUUAGGCCUAAUAAUAUUCUGUGUAUAUUGUACCUAACAAGUUCAUCAGUUUAGGUUGUAGGUACUGGUACAUAUUUACAUUAUUGGUCACUGUUGUAAAGUUUGUGCAUCGGCCAAUGUUAUGCCUUAUGAAGAAAAACAUGAUAUUCUCUUUGAAAUUGAAACUUCAUAAGGUAAUUUAGAAUUUAACAAUUCAAGAUUUGUUUAUUUUUUUAAAUGUAUAUACAAAUUGAUUUGUGUAUAAUAUACUUCAGUAACUACUAACCUCAUUCACAUGCUAUGAACUAUUUUAUAUAAUAUUCAUAUCUGAUAAUUUUGCUGAUUUGAUGGGAUAUCAGUUUUUGUCGGAAGACUUACUGGUUCUGUGAGAUUCUUUUUUUUUUUACACCACCAACAUUUGACAUUUGAUAACAUUGAAUUAAAUACAAUGCCAAAUUUUUAUGAAAUGGUAAUUUAAUGGAAUCAUUGUAUCACUUGUGUAUUAAUAGUGGCAUGCUGAAUAGUUUUCCUUAUUUAAAAAUAUCUAACGAUAUGUGUAUAUAAUUAUGCUUAUGCUACCUUGAGGGUUGAGGACUUGACCAAUGGACUGAUACCUGAGUCUGCCCCUUUUUGUAGCUGUAUUGUAUCAGUUUAGACAAACAUAUUAACUAAUAAACAUAUGUGAGGUAGGUAAUAAAAUAUCUAAUGUGCCAUGUAUUACCUGACACCCAAGUGCUUUAUCACCCUUAAAACUUGCAUAUUGAAUGUUCAGUGAAAAAAAUUAGUUCAUUGUUUAUUUGAUUUGUUUCAUAAUAUCUUUAUUGAUGUUUUAUAUAACUUUUGUACAUUUCAUUUCAUUUCAUAUUAGUUUUAAGUUUUACUUGUGGUGAAAUAAGAAAUGUUGUUAAAUUUUGCAAAUGUUAUCAGAAAUCUAAAGGUAGAUGCUGAAGUUGAAGUCAAGUUUUUUAGAAGAAUACUGUCAAACUGAUAGAUUAUUACUGGUUAAUUAAGCAGAUUGACAUUUUUUGUUGACUUCAGAGUACUGACUUUCCAGUAUUUAUACAUAUAUAUGUGAAAAAUGUUUUGAUGAAAAGUUUUGAAAUGUUUGUUUGUAGCAUCUUUGAAAUGGUAGCUUUGUUUUCGAAUCAGGUAAUUUUGAUCUCUUAUUCACUUUAGAGUAUUUUACACAGUCAUUCACCAUAGAAAAAAGUUUAAAUCAAACUUCUGACAUAUUUUAUAAAUUUUUUUAAACAAUUAUUGUGGUAAAAAUUUUAAAAUGUUAAAUUUACUACGCACAACUGUUAAUAAAUAGGUUGAGUGCAUGAAAA